AUGAAAAGAAGUGCAGACUUUUUGUUGAAAAGAUCUCCUAAUGCUGUUGAGCCUUUUAUAGUAGAUUGGCGGGCAGAGGGUGCAGUUACUCCAGUCAUGUGUCAAAAAAAAGUUGGUACUUGUUGGGCUUGUGCAGCUGUAUCUGUAUCUGCAGUUGAAAGUAAGCAGUUUCUUACUUAUGUAUGGCUUAUCAAGUUUCAUGGGAUUUGUUCGGCUGAAUAUUAUCCUUAUGUUGCUAAGUCUCAGUCCUGUGAACUUGGAAAGAAAUCAAUAGUAUGGAUUAAGGGUUAUGUCUAUGUUCCAAUAGAAGCUAUGGAGAUAAUUAAGGCUGUUAGCAAACAACCUUUAUUUGCUUGCCUCAUUCCAGAGGUUGCUUGUCAUCCAGGUUAUUACAGGUAUGGUGGAGGUCUGUAUUAUGGUGGAGACAAGAAUGUACCUAUAGACGCGAAUCACUAA